UAUAUUUUAAUCAGUUGUAUGAACGUACAAUGUUAUUAUCAAACAAAAUUAGUUCAUUAAUAUGCUACUGAAGAAGUGAUAAUUUAAUACAACCUUAACCCUUAAACUGCAUAGGUGGGUAUUGUAUGUUCGAGUAAUUUUGAUAGGAUUGAGAAUUUCUCGCAAGGUAAUAGGUAGAAAACCUUUUUUCUCUCAUCUAAAAAAAAUUAUUUGGCAAAAAUUCUAUGAUAACAUUAAUUUAAAACAUUUAAAGAUGUUAUAUCAAUUUUUGGGGAUUUUUUAAACAAGUUUUACUUGAUAUACAAGUAUUACUGAAAAUUGCAUCCAACAUAAAAGAACCACGUUUAUAGUUUGAGGGUAAAAAAAUUUACAGUCCAAAGGUUAAAAAUCUUAUGUUUUAGAUAUUUAAUAUUUUAUACAAAAAGUUAUAGUCCUCAUCUUUAAAUCUGAUAUAAAUAUAAAUCAAGAUAAAGAUAUAAAUCAUAAAUUACAAACUAUAUACUAUGUAUAUAUUAUAUACUAUAUAUAGUGUAGUAUUUUACUAUUGCAUAUGUACAAUAUGUACAUUCAGUAAACUUCGUAAGCAAAUAAUUGAUAAUUUCUUUCAAACUAAAUCAAGGUAAUUUAAAAUGUUUAUUUGAAACCGUGUUUGAAACACAAACGAGAUACAAAGAACAUACAGCAUUUGAAAUGAAAGGCAUUUAAAGCUGCUAAAAGCUAUAUCAAAUUUACCUAACUAUGUUUUUUAUAUUUACCUAACGAUAUUAAGAUAGUUUAAAUUGUAAACAAAGUCGGUAGUUUGAAGGUCUAGAUUUUUGUGAUUUCAAUUUAUGAUAUGAUUUUAUCUGUAAUCAUAGUUAUGUGCAAGAAUAAAUAAUACUCAUUGUGAAAGUAUUUGUAUAAUAUAAGUAUAAUCAGAUAUAAUAUAAAAAUUUUCUGAAAUAUAAUAAAUACAAUUAGAAAGAUAGUGGAGAAAUAUUAUUAAGAAUGACGCAAUCUCAACAAAUAAUUGAAGAAUUAUAUGAUGCUUACACAAAAACUGCUGCUAAUAUUAUUGCUUAUUAUGAAGGUAAUGAAAUGGAUGAGAAGUUAAAAGAACUAAAAUGUAUAGUAAACAACAACAGUGUUCAAGAUAAAAAGUUAAGGUUAUUCAGAGAAAGGAAGAAUCAACUAUUAAAUUUAAAUAAUGAUGAUGAUAAUGAUGACUACCAUAAGGAGCAGAGUGAUACCGAAAACCGCUUGAAUGAAUAUAGACUAAUUCUAUCUGAGACUGAUAAUGACACAUCGAAAGAUGAUAAACUUAUAGAAUUUGAAAAACAUGUAGAAGCACUGCUAGAUGGUGUAGCACAAAAAGAAAAUGAUACAGAUGCAGAAAUACAGUUAAAAGGAGGCUAUGUAAAUGUAAUUGACCCAAUCUCUAAGAAGAGAAUUGUGGAUCCUGUGAAGAAUACUAUAUGUGGUCAUACUUAUGAUCAAGAAAGUAUUAUGCAAUUAUUGAAAAUUAAUAAGAAGACAAGAUGUCCUGUUAUAGGUUGCAAAAGUAUAGAAUUUGUACAACUUUCGCAACUUCGUCCAGACAUUGUAACGAAAACAUAUCUAGAGAAACAUCCAGAAUAAAGUUUUGUGAUAAAUGUAUUACAAAUUAAAUAUUUAAACGAUACAAUAUUUUGCAACAUGAUAUAUAUGACCUAAGAUUUAAUGUUUACACAUCAUUAAAAUAAAAAUAAAAACUACACAUGAUGUUUCAUGUAUCUGAAUACAACACGUGAUUUAAUGUAGCAAUUUCGCAUUGCAAACAUAUUUUUGUGAUUAAAAAGUGUAAGAAUAUUGGUUCAAAGCCAAAUCAUUGUUAUGAGAACUUAUGUUAGGUAACAAAUAGCAAUUUAAGAAUGUAUCUUUUAGAGUAGUAUAGAUAUAGUGUAUUUUUUAUCAAAUAAAUUGAAUGUACAAUUUAUGUUUAUCAAACUAUUACCAAAAGAAAAAUAUUUUUAUAUAAAAAAUUAUAAAAUAAAAUUCUCAUAAAGUU